GGUAGCUUAGAUAUCGAGGGCAUUUUGGUGAAUGAAAUUUGAGAUCAUAAACCCAACUUAGGGCUUUACAUCAAAGACCCUCUCUCUGUUUCCUACACCCUCAAAAACAAUCUUCAAACAUUGCAAUCUAUACAUCAGAAUCAUAAACCCUAGAAAUGCAAUCCCUUUUGGGGAAAAUUCGAUGCGUCACGAGACUUUCUACUGAUUCUUGUGCCAAAUUGUUGCCCCCUUGGGCUGCAGUGACCCCAGCCAUUGGUAGGAGGUGCAUAACAAGCAGUUCAAGUGAUUCAGUUCCCCAACAUGCUUCUACUCCUGUCACUGAAAUUUCUCCACGCAUCAAAUUUAAAAGACUAGAUAAAACAGCCAGAAACAUCAUGCAGAUUCUUGAUAAGGAAGCAGUAGAGGAAGUAAGAGCACAUAGGGAGAUACCUGAUAUAAAGCCUGGUUAUAUAAUCCAGCUUAAAGUGGAAACACCUGAGAACAAGAGACGAAUUUCAACUUUGAAAGGCAUUGUUAUAGCUAGGCGAAAUGCUGGCUUAAAUACUACAAUCAGAUUAAGAAGGCUGAUCACAGGAAUUGGGGUUGAAUCUCUCUUCCCAUUGUAUUCACCUAAUAUAAAGGAGAUAAAGGUGUUGGACAAGAAGAAAGUGAGGAGGGCUAAGCUUUAUUACCUCAGGGAUCGAUUGAAUCCACUCAAGAACAAGUAGUAGGCUAAUAUUUGGAGUAAUGGUAGGGUUCAAUGUCAUCUUGUGAGACUCGCUCUCAGACACUGUUUUUUUUUCUUAUAUGAAAUCUAGUUACUCUUUUUGUAAUGUUAAAGGAUAUUAUUAUUACUUUAGAAAUAUCUCUCUAUUGUCACUGGAGUGGCUCACAGCCUGAUUGUGAUUUGUGACGGUCAUAUUUAUUUUUUGACACUA